GUGAGUGUUGAUGUGUGUCGCUCCGCUCUUUGCUGAUUAUGACUUCAUUCAUGAAUAAUAGUAGUGGUUUGUGAUGUGCCAGGUUCUAGGAAUAUAUUUUUCAGCAGCUUUGUGGUGCGGAUAACAGUUCUACUUACGGAACAUCUGUGAAAUUCUAGAAUGAGCACUACCAUCCCUUCUUCCCCCUUGAUGGUAUCACCUGAUGGGGUUACACCUACAACCACCACGCCAGAUCCCAGAACAAUAACAACAACAAUUGCUUCUAUAAUAAACUCAAAUGGCACUGGGAGCUCACUGGGUCCUGAGAACCACGUGACAGAUGAAGUUCCCAUUCCUGAAUUUUUUCUUGAGACAAUCGGUGCCAAAGCCAUCACAGGAGUGUUUGUGUUUGUGGCAACCUUCUUAACAUGUCAUCAGAUAUACCAGCACCUGCGAUGCUACAGCCACCCCGCCGAGCAACGGUGGAUCGUACGCAUCCUGCUGUUCGUGCCUAUAUACGCCCUGGACUCCUGGCUCUCCUUGCUCUUCUUUAACAACGAUGAUUACUACGUGUACUUCAAUACUGUCAGGGACUGCUAUGAAGCGUUCGUGAUCUACAGCUUCCUAAGUCUGCUGUACGAGUACCUCGGCGGCGAGGGCAACAUCAUGAGCGAAAUACGCGGCAAGCCCAUCAAGUCGUCGUGCAUUAACUUGACGUGCUGCCUGCGUGGCAAGAACUACACCAUCGGGUUCUUGCGGUUCUGCAAGCAGGCAACUCUGCAGUUCUGCUUCAUCAAGCCUGUCAUGGCCUUCGUCACCAUCAUCUUGCAGAGCUUUGGCAAAUACAGAGACGGCGACUGGAGCAUCAACGGUGGCUACCUGUACAUCACAAUCAUCUACAACAUCUCGAUAUCGCUGGCGCUGUACGGCCUCUUCCUCUUCUAUUACUCCACCAAAGAGCUGCUCAAGCCCUUCGACCCCCUCAUCAAAUUCUUCACCAUCAAGAGCGUCAUCUUUCUUUCCUUCUGGCAGGGUGUGCUGCUGGCCAUACUGGAAGAAGCAGGAGUGAUCAAGACUCACCCGUUCCUGAACACGGGCACCGUGUCCGCAGGCUACCAGAACUUCCUGAUCUGCGUCGAGAUGUUCUUCGCGGCCGUGGCUCUGCGCUACGCCUUCCCGUAUCAUAUUUACGGAGACCUCAGUGGGGCGGGACCGCAUCGAUCCGUUACCAUGCAGAGCAUUUCGUCUUCGCUUAAGGAAACGAUGAAUCCGAAGGAUAUCAUGACGGACGCCAUCCAUAACUUCCAUCCUCAGUACCAGCAGUACACGCAGUACAGCGCAGGCGACUGUGCUCGCCCCACCCAAGCGAUCACGCACUCGUACGAUAUGGAGGAACUGCGCCCGGAACUUCUCCCACCUUCAGACUCGGACGCCACCGUCUCGAAGCGCCCGUCUUCUCCCUACGCCAACGGUAACAUCGGCGUCAGAAGCCCGCAUGCUGGGGGUCUGAAGCUGACCCAUGAGACCCAGCGUCAGGGUGCACCUACCUCUAGCAGCAAGGGUAACGGUGCACAAACCAAGCCUGACGUGUCCACCAGUAGCAAGCCUAACAGGCCCAUUGACGACACCAGUAACGCAGCUCCUAGUGCUGACGACAUCGGUAAAGUUGAUGAUCCACCACUAGUUGCUAUCCUGAACCCAUCCCUAGUUACCUGUAACGGCGGCACAAACAGCAGGGUUGUCCUGGUAAACCCCGGCGGUGUCAUUCAACCCACUCACUCUUCUAACAAAUCUCGAAGAAAUUCUUACGGUGUGCUUGGCAACAGUAAUUCCUGCAUGAACAACAAUGGCAAGACCUCCAAGUUGAAUGCCAGUAAAACAGGUGUAGUGGAUGGUUCUUAUGACAAUUCUUGCUUUGAUAACGGGCUCCUGGUGACCAUUAACAACUUGAUAGACCUUUCUAACAACUGCUCUGAAGCGCCCGGCAAGUUUCUUGAAUCGUCGCCUGCUCAAAAUGCUUUUCUUGCUCAAAACGACUACGAAAAUUCUCUCAAUUCUCGAGCUCAGUAUUGCAACUCCGCUAAUUUUGAAGCUCAGUAUUGCAACGCCACUAAUUUUGAAGCCCAGUAUUGCAACGCUUUUAGCUUCAGUGCACAGCAUGCCAGUCCUCCUAGUGUUGGUGUCCAGCAUGCAGCAUCAAAUAUUCUUCAGCCAGUUCGCGUACACCCUCACAUAACGGGGACUCAAGGAGGCACUCGCGGGUCCGGUCACACCGCCGUCUCCACGUACGACACGGACGAUGCUUCCCGUACCGCCACCAACGGCGGACUGUCGGCUAGCGGCGGAUAUCACAGCGGUGGUGGUAGUGUUGGCCACCCCAACGGCGGUGGUCCUAACGCCAACGCUGGUACAACACCGGCUGGCGGCAAAGUCGGCUACAACGAGAAGACUAUGCUGCUCAGUUCCGAUGAUGAGUUCCAGUGAGACGAAGAAGGAGUUGAGUUGUGUUGAUCAGUUGAUGACGCGGGUGACGUUUUCGUCUGACUCUCGACCGUCUUGUGCUGAGGACAUUAUUGAGUCUUGCGAUGAAGAACUGGCAUUGACUGAGGUCUACAAACUGCACAUCGUCGACCGUUGCGUUCUGUUUCAUCCAACGCUACCAUCGUAUUUAAUAUUCUUUUCUUUUUACAUGAACAGCAACACAAAGGCCAGCAAUUCUAUGUCGACAGCACUGGCUGUUUAUUAGAAUUGUCACCAAGGAAUUGCAUGUCCCCAGGAAUAAUGUGUACUUUGUGUGGACAGCAAAUUUUAACAUGCCCCCGAAUUCACCAAUCUGAGCGAAAUAAUUUGUACUUCAAAUUUUUUAAUUUUUGUUCAACCUGAGUAUAGAAUGUUGGCCUACGUGUUCAGCAGAAAAAACACGUAAUUGUUCUAAACAUUUUUUUCUGUCGAUUCGAUGUUGAUGGCAUAUUCGUGACAAAAUAGUCUAUUUAUAAUGUAUAUGUUAUCGUCCUUAUAACCUUCAAUAAUCAACUCAAAACGAACUUCAGUGUUAGUAAUUUAAAUAAAUGUCUUAAAAUUGCUACUGGCAAAUGAACAGAAGUCAUUGUUUACUACCUGAACAGUUGCCUACAUUUUUUACUUGUGCUUAGGGCUUCACGGGGAAAAUUUGUUAGAAAUGGUAAGCUUCGUGCGAGCAUUUGAAGCCUUUUUUCGACGAGGGAAUUUACUGUGACUACCAGACUCAGUUGGGCAAUAAAGAAUGAAAAGCGGAGUGCGAUGUAUUAUGGCAAAGCUUUAGUGUGACGAUAACGAAGUGUGAUGAAUUCAACUCAACUCCAAUAUUACAUUCCUUGAUGACCUCGACAAACUUUGAGUUCUGCUUUUGUUAAUAACGUUUUAGAAACAAUUGUUUCUGUUAAUUCGUUAUUUUUGAAAGCGUUGUAGAAGCAUUAGCAACGUUUAUCCAGCAUUAGAUAUGAAAUUUGGAAAUUAUUAGGUAGUGAAAUGAUGCCUUCAACCUUUUUGUAGUUUCGACUUGUAGUUAUGCUAUUUAGAUAAUCACUUGUAUGAAAACGUGCACAAUUUUCCAAAAAACUCCUACUUAAAUAAUCUAUCGUUUGCUUUGUCUCAACGGAAACAUCAUAUAAUCAUAGUAUUAAUCGGUAUUGUUCAUGACGAUCACAUUUUUUGUCAGGCCACGUGAAACAUGUUGAGCUAAUGCAACUACAGAGUUAUAGGCAAUAAUUGCCCUCAGGUUUACUUAUUAAGUGUUUCGGUUACCUUGUUUGAUGGCCCUCUGUCGCUCGUCUGGCUUGAUACAAAUCAUGUUUGCUUCUCUGCUUUGACUCUAAUAUUGGCCAUACCUGGUAUUGGCUGCGCCUGAUGUUGGCUGCGCCUGAUGUUGGCUGCGCCUGAUGUUGGCUGCGCCUGAUGUUGGCUGCGCCUGAUGUUGGCUGCGCCUGAUGUUGGCUGCGCCUGAUGUUGGCUGUGCCUGAUGACCAUAGCUGGUAUUAUAUAUUUCUUAUCAUUCCAGCCCAUUCCAGCCUAUAUAUUUCUUGUCAUUCCAGACUAGAUCCUUGGUGAGAUUUUAACAGUAAUAAUCAUAACGAUUAAUACCGUGGAUUGUUAUGUUAUUGCCAUCUAAGCAUUCCAAGUUGACGAAGGAGAUCCCCCAUUCGUCGUCUUUGACAUCAAGUGACCUGCACUAGAAACAUUGAGCUAAAAAUGUACACAAUUUUUAGAUCAAAUUCCAGAUAAUGGCUAGUAUGCUUUUUUGUGUUAUAGUAUUUUUUUUAUCUUCCGUACUGCAAAGGAUCCAGCAUAAUUUCUCUCGUUUUAGUCAUGCUUCAUGCUUGAAACUCGAUUCAUUCCGUUGACAGAACCUAAAUGCCUGCCUUUUAUACAUUCCUUGCCAUGUCAAAUCUUUAUAUCCGUUGCAGCAUUUUUCUUGCUACAUGAAAAUUUUGCAACAUGCAUGCAAGUUCGGCUAUCGUAACUUAUCUGAGCGCUGCCCUGUAACAGUGCAGUGCGGUGAUCAAAAAAUCACAUGUUCUUUAUGCCAUAAUCUUAACGAGGAGCAAUUCAUCAACAAUUUGAAGGUAUUAAAUGAUUUUAGCUGCUCCACAUGAUUGCAUCUGCAGGCCUGAUUGUAUGUUACUACGUAGGGAAGUAAACUUAGGAACACAUUCUGCAUUAUUGGUGUACCGAAGCCAAGACCUGGAAGAGUAUUAUAUAUCCGUGACGAUUCAUGUUAACUAAAUAUUAACAUCAAGUUUUAAUGUUCGAAUUGUCCAUGUUAUCGGGAAAUGUUGCAUGUUCAAAUAUCAAUGACGGGACGUACCUCGUCGAAGUAAUUCCGAGCAUAACUGUAAUUCCAUUAGCUAUUGUUAUUUUUCACUUUUUUGUCUGUUUUAACUGUUACGCUAAGUUUUCUGUUCUAAUCAUAAGGCCCUCAAGCUAUUACUGUUUUUGUAGUUAUUCUUAAUAUUUCUCAUACUGGAUGUUUAUCAAGAUGUUUGUUUUUAUAGAUAACAUUAUUUUCUUUGUGGGCUAACCACAUUGUCGAAGUCAAUUUGUCUCGACUGCCUUCCUCUCUUCGGUCUCUCCUUCCCUGCGUAUCCUGCAUACUCUUCUAGUCACUUCCCAUUUCAUCACUUCAGAGUCUUUUACUUAUUUUACUGUAGAUUUGAUUAACAUUUUUUAAACAUGGAACACUUGCUAGAAUGAUUCUCAGAGAAUUGUCACAUUUAUAUUAGUAUUCUGUCGAGAUUAAUUAAUAUCAAUUCACACACUUUGUGUCUUGUUGAGGCCAACCACUUUGUUAUCCCUGAACACGAGUUGAUCCUUGACUCAUUCGCGCUUUCAUACGAACGCCAUCUGAAACUAAUUAGUUUACCUACGAUUUAGUAAUAUUUUACGUGGUCAGGAACUUGUAAUUAAAAUUUCGUUCGAAAUGGCUUGAUUUUUGUACUUCUGUAUAUAAUUUAUUUUUAUUUGCUCGUUCACUCUUUGUAAUUGAGGGCCUAUUGGUUAAGAUAAUCAUAAUUACCUUGUUUUCUGCAUUGUGUCGAGGUUUAAAAUCAAUGUACUGCUUUGUAAAACUAAAUUCUGUAAGCUGCAUUAUUUUUUAUGCACGACGUAACGAUAUAAGAUGAAUUAAUAAAUGUCCAACGAGGAUGAGGUCGUCUAUCAGAUAUCAGGAUUUAUUGGACGUCUCUCUCCUCUUUGGUGUACUACUCUCGGUGUGCCUUUAGGUGUUGCUUCGUGUACUGAGUAUAUAAGAAAGCUGUCCUAUGUCAAGAUGCGAGUGUAUCUACGGAACGCGGGUAACCACAUAAGCAAGCUUCUUUACCAUUAUUAUUAACUGUUGUGUUUACGCUAUAAAUCAGAGGUAUAUAUUAGCAUCGUAUUGUAUCUGUAGCUGAAUACACACCAAGUUUUUGAACGACUCCACCUCGCCCAGUAAAUCUUAUACAAAGAAAACUCGAGUUCUGCUUUGGCAGCCAGGACGUAGAGACGGUUUUGAAAGCAAAUCUUUUAAUCUAGUCUUUUGAUGAGAUUGAAUUAUUGUACAAAUUCAAUUUAUUUGUGCUCAGCUCUUUUUUUUAUUCCAUUGACAAUAAUGUAUAAAAUUCGCGCUUUGAAUGGAGUCUACUUAUUUUUCUCACUCAGUGUUGAAUUUCUGACAAGAACUACUUAUAAACAGCUUUACCUUGAAGUGUCUAAGAAGUCUGAUUAAAUUGCUGCAGUGCUAUUCUUACCUUUGUUUUACAUCGAUUCUUCACUAAGAAAUUAUUUUUUUACAUAGGAUUCACGAAUUUUUAGUCAUACUAAUUUCCCGACGUGCGCUGAUAUGCCGGUACACGUGUGUAGCGGGACCGCCGUGUAUAUUGAUGAGCAGCUAUAUAUGAAAUAUUAUGCUCCAUUAAUUAUUAAUUCUUUGCUUUAACGUGUGAAUAGUAUGACGAGUCAAAGAUAUCAAUGUAAAUAGCCUAAGAGCGCUUACUUGCUGCUGUCCGAUGCCUGCGUACAAUAAUUCAGGCGCCCACUAAUACUGAUCCUGCACUUGUCCCUUAUAUUGUAUCUGGAAGAAUAUAUGAAAUGUUGAUAAAAUAAUGUGUACAAGAUCCAUGAUUUGAUUUAAGAGUGUAUAUGAAAUCAUUAGGCGAAGCUGAAAUUGAAUAAAAAAGUGUAUUUUCUAGAGUUUGAACAAUCAAAUAUAUUGAACUCAUAAUGCGCACUCUCACGAACGAUGAAAGUUUCAUCUCCAGUAACCGUUUGUUUCUUAUAACGGAUAAGCAAUUAUAAACCAGGCUCAUUGUCCAUUUCUGGAAAAUUUGUAUCUUAAUUUCUUAAGAAAUUAAUUUUUGUCGUUGGAAGUAACGGAGGGGCGAUGAAGGUACCUGGGCUCAAGACAACAUCGUACGUGGAUGGCUUCAGUGUUGCUAUAAGAUCACCUGUAGCCCCUCCUUCGCGUAUGAUUGCAGUUCAAGUAAAAUUAUUCGCCCAUUACGCAUCCGGCCGAACGCCGACAUGCGUAUGUCAGCUCUGUAGAUGUUCCUCUCCAUAUAUACGCUUUGUAUUUAUUUUCUGUUCUACACGAAUGGUUGUAUAUUAUCUCUAUAGAAGAUAUGUAUUUUAAAAA